AUGGCGCUGUUCGCCCCCUAUCUCACCUGUGGCUUUGAAGCAAUAUUGACUACUGAGUACUGUAGUGGGACUUCUGACGGAAUCUUUCAUUGGCUCAGUGAUAGACGUUGUUUCGUGCAGGUAGUAGUGCGCGGUGCACAACGAAAGAUUGUGUUCCUUGAUGUCGAUGGAGUUCCUGCCCCGGAGAGCAGAGCAAUGUUGAACUUGCAAUCUUUGUUUGAGCUGAGCGGGCAAAGAAUUCCGGAAGGUCGUCUCAAGCCCUCAUGUCCGACAGGUGCUCCAUGCGGCAAACUACGCUCCUACCUCGUUUGCAAGGCCCUGCAUGGAGGUGAGGCCUUGGCAAUGAUCUACAGAGAAACAGGUGCUGAUAUCAUUCUCUCCUCUACUUGGCGUCUUUGGGAAAACAACACCGGACGUGAUGCUGUGGACAAGGCCCUGGUUCGCUUUGGCCUGCCCAAGACCGUAGGUCUAACGCCCGACCUACAAGGCGGAGGCCGAGCAGAGGAGAUUCGAGAGUAUCUCAAAACGCUCCCAGACAGACCGGAGUGGAUUGCCUUGGAUGACAUUGACAUGCGUAGAGAGCUAGGAAGACGCAGCAUUGUGACCCCAGCUAAGACGGGGUUGAGAAUGAAGCAUGCUCGUCUGGCAAUCGCUGUGCUCAAUGACUUGCCUUUCAGCAUCGACAGCGAGUGGGUAGCCUCGAGCAUGGGCUUUGUGAAUUCUGAACAAGUCUGA